UGAUUGGUCAAACGUGAACGGAUGUUUUCUUCACGGCUCUGCUUUACGGCACACGCGAGAGAAGCGCGUCUGAUUAGCUGCGGGAACAAACGACACAAAUCAGAGAUGAUUGAGGUGGUUUGUAAUGAUCGUCUGGGGAAGAAAGUUCGAGUCAAAUGCAAUCAGGAGGACACGAUCGGAGACCUGAAGAAGCUGAUCGCAGCUCAGACCGGCACACGGUGGGAGAAGAUUGUGCUCAAGAAAUGGUACACCAUAUUCAAGGACCAUGUGUCGCUGGGAGACUAUGAAAUCCAUGACGGCAUGAACCUCGAGCUCUAUUACCAGUAGAACACACACACACUCACACACACAUUACACCACUAACACACACACACGCACACAGCAACACAUUACACCACUAACACACGCACACAGCAACACAUUACACCACUAACACCCACACACACACACACAGUGUUUGUGGAGCAAGUCCGUUUCAUCAUGUCUCGAGGCAUCAGAAUAUUUGUUCAGUUGAAUUGUUUUGAUAUAAUCUGGAAAUAAAACUCAC